GAAGACGUAGGUCGCAUCGCGUGCGCCCAUGUUGACAAGGGGUUUCUUGCCCUGUUAUCAAAUAAUGGAGUUCUAUGAUAUCUGGUGACUAAAAUUAUGUGCACUUGAACCGCAGCUUGGGUGUCGCUAGGCUUUGAUUCAGCUGGAGUUGCCGUGACAAACCUGUUACAGUGAAAAGUGACACAUUUAAACAUUAUUUGUGUGUAUGUUUGGUGGGAGGCGCGUGUCGAGUGAUUAGGGAAACCAGACCUAUAAGACAGAGAGGAAGAAGGAGUGAAAACUUAUAAAGGAAAGCGUGAAGGAAGCUGGAGAGAGAAGCAGAGAAGACGGAGUGUAUGGUACAAGGUGUCCAUGCCGUAACCAAGGGUGUUGCAGAGGGCCGGGUGCGCUUGCAAUGGGCCAGCAUGAGGAGGGCCAGGGAAAUCUCCGGGCCAAGCGACAGGCCAGCACCCCCCCAGACUAGAAUUGGCCACGCCCCUUGCCCCAGCCGUUUGGCCACGCCCUCGACAGCGCAUCAACAACUGCAGACACGACCCCUGAGGAUGGCCGGCUGCGCUCCCCACCACCUCAGCCUCACGAGACUCCUGACGGUGGCGCUGUUGGUGCACUCCCUCGCCGCCCCUUGCGCAGGCGGGCAGAACGGCGAGCUGUGCGUGGUGGAGACGCCCCUCAAGACGAACUACUUCACGCCCGUGGUGGACGCGGCCGCCACCUGUCGCGGCUGCCUCUUCCCGCGCCCGCCGCCCGACCACGCGCCCCCCACCGGGUCCACGCCCAUCCGGCAGGUCCACAUCAUCCACGUGGACGACCCGGAGGGCGGGGCCGUGGAGGUCGUGCUGGCGGGGAAGAAGAAGAGGGGGGCGGACUCCCAGAAAGCCACGCCCACCCCUCAGGACAUGCCCACAUCGCCGGAGACGCCCAUGUCACGGGUGGCCUUGGUGCUGCACUCCUCCAGGGGGAAGGCGCCCGUCGUGUUCACCGUCACGGCGCAGGGCAUUCAGAACCACACCAAGAGCAUCUUUCUGGGAAAUACAAUUGCCUUGCUAAUACAGUGA